ACUAUUUUUUGGCACUGCUGUUUGUAUGGAUGACGUUGUGGGAAAAAAACCAUAAAUUGAUGAAAAAUUCAACAAGAUAAAAAAUUCAUUGGAAAAUAGUGAAAAUACUCGACCGGAAAAGUUAAAAAGUGCUCGUUGAUAAGUCGGAGUAGCUGAUAAGUGAGGAAACACAAUGAGGUUUCUUCUUUUGGGGCUCCUGGGGCUCCUUAUUACACUCACGGGGAGUGUUGAUAAGAAUAACUUCAAGACAUGCGACCAGAGUAGCUUCUGCAGGCGCUGCCGGAAAGUUGAUCCGGGAAUCCCUUCUCCGUACGAAGUUCAAUUGGGUACACUUAAGACAUUCCCAGAUCACAUUACGGUGGAUGUGCUGAACAAAAAUAACGAGCAGGUGUUUAAUUUGAAAGUUGUUGGGCUGAAGGGGAAUAAAUUCCACGUGGAAGUUGAUGAGAAAUCCCCGCUGAAGCCACGAUAUCGCGUUGUGGAUGCCCUCAUAGCACCCCCAGUCACUGAGAAUGUCUCCGUGACGAAGGAAGAAGAGGGAUCGGUUGUUGUGAAAUGCGGUGAGAAUAGAGCUGUCGUCGUGGCAUCACCAUUCCGCAUUGAUUUCUACCACGGGGAAGUUCUUGUGGUGUCAGCAAAUGCCAAGGGGCUCAUGAAAUUUGAGCAUUUGCGCAAGAAAUCCGUACCUGUUCCCGCAGAGGCUGCUGAAGAGGGUGGAGAAGGUGCCGCUGCGGCAGAGAAUGAGGUGGAGAAUCCCCAAACAAAUGAGGAUGAUGACCCCGGAGCAUGGGAGGAGAAUUUCAAAUCGCAUCACGACAGUAAACCAAAUGGCCCAGAAGCUGUGGCUCUGGACUUUACAUUCCCACAAGCUGAGGUACUUUUCGGGAUUCCCGAGCAUGCAGAUUCAUUCGCACUUAAACCCACUCUUGGCUCUGAACCUUACCGGCUGUACAAUUUGGAUGUGUUUGAGUAUGAAUUGGAUAGCCCAAUGGCCCUGUAUGGAUCCGUUCCUGUCAUCUAUGGGCAUGGAGAGGGCAAUACAGCUGGAGUUUACUGGCAGAAUGCCGCCGAGACGUGGGUGGAUGUCUACAAUUCCAAUGCCAAGAAGAACGUUAUGUCGUCUAUUGUGAAUUUCGUAUCGAGAUCUCGUCAAGCUGAUCCUCCGGCUGCUCAUUUUAUGUCUGAAAGUGGAAUUAUGGACUACUACGUCCUUCUGGGGCCAACUCCCAUGGAAACCUUCAUGCAGUACGCAGAUCUUACGGGUCCUGCACCACUUCCGCAAAUGUUUGCCCUUGGCUACCAUCAGUCACGUUGGAAUUACAAUGAUGAGGCUGACGUAGCGGGGGUACAUGAUAAAUUUGACGAGCAUGACAUCCCCAUGGAUACGAUUUGGUUGGAUAUUGAGUACACUGAUGCGAAGAAAUACUUCACGUGGGACGGACACAAGUUCCCCCAUCCUCUGGAGAUGAUCCGGAAUCUCACAGAGCGCGGGAGGCAUCUCACAAUCAUCAUUGAUCCCCAUAUUAAGCGAGACGGUGGGUACUUCUUCCACAAUGACUGCACAGAUCGUGGGUACUAUGUGAAGAAUAAAGAUGGGCGAGAUUAUGAGGGAUGGUGCUGGCCCGGAGCUGCGAGUUAUGCGGACUUUUUCAGCCCCGACGUGAGGCAAUACUACGCAGAUCAGUACCAGCUUGAUAAGUUUGACACAACAACGGCUGAUGUGAUGCUGUGGAAUGACAUGAAUGAGCCAUCUGUGUUUAAUGGACCCGAAGUGACAAUGCUCAAGGAUAACAUUCACUUUGGUGGCUGGGAGCAUCGUGAUGUGCACAACCUGUACGGCCAUAUGCAUGUUCUGGGAACAUUUGAGGGUCUUGUGCGGCGCAGUGGAGGUGUUCAGAGACCCUUCAUCCUCACUCGUGGCCACUUUGCGGGCACACAGCGCUACGCAGCCAUCUGGACGGGUGACAAUACAGCCGAAUGGGGACAUCUCCAGGCAUCCAUUAAGAUGUGCCUGUCUGAGUCAGUUGCUGGCUUCUCAUUCUGUGGCGCUGACGUUGGUGGCUUCUUUGGGAAUCCCGAUGCGGAGCUCUUUGAGCGAUGGUAUCAAGCAGCUGCCUUCCAACCCUUCUUCCGGGCUCACUCCCACAUUGACACGCGUCGUCGUGAACCAUGGCUUUGGCCUGAAGCAACCAUGCUGGUUGUCCGUGAUGCCCUUCGUCGUCGCUACAGCUAUCUCCCCUUCUGGUACACCCUGUUCUAUGAGCACGAACGCACAGGGCGCCCUGUGAUGCGUCCCCUUCUCACACAUUACCCCCUCGACAAGGAAACCUUCACCAUUGACUACGAAUACCUCCUCGGGGAUAUCCUCCUUGUACGCCCAGUCCUCCAGCAGGGUGUCUCCAAGGUGGAUGUUUACUUCCCGGCCGUUGAUGGGAAGAAGGAAGGUGAUAUCUGGUACGAUGUCGAUGAUCACCGCAAGAUUACCGCAGCUGGUUUCGAAUCCGUUCCAGUGGAUAACUACAAGAUCCCCGUCUACCAACGUGGAGGAACAAUUCUUACGAAGAAGGAACGCAUUCGACGUGCAGCCACGCUCAUGGCAAACGAUCCAGUCACCUUUGUUGUUGCUCUUGAUAAGGAACAUUCCGCCCGUGGGACGCUGUAUGUGGACGAUGAGAAAACAUUCGAGUACCGCAAAGGGAAAUACAUCUACCUCAAUUUGGAAUUCAAAGACAAUGUUAUCAGUUGCAGGAAAAAUGAUGAGAAGGCCAAUUAUGAUACGAAAUCGUGGGUGGAACGCAUUGUGAUUGUCGGUCUGGAGCACGUACCGAAAUCUGCAACAUUGAAUGUGAGUGGAGAGCCAUCGGUGACACUUGAGGUCUACAAACACGGCGAGAGUGUCGUUGUACGGAAGCCGAAGGUUGUUUUGUCACGGAAGUGGUCAAUUCAGCUCAACUAUUAGUCGAUCACCAUCCCCUAAUUAAGUAGUCUAAAUACGUAAAUCCAUUUGACUCUGGGAUGGUGUAUUUUGAACAGGGGGUGUGUGUCGUCAUUGUUAAAGUGAUUUGAAAUUGAACAAGAAUUUGCAGAGUAAGUAGAGAUAAAAAGAUUUUAUUCUUUUUGGUAAUAUCGUGAUGCAAAAAAAAGUAAGAAGAGAAAAUGAUUCAUAAGAAGAGAUUUUGAAAUUAA